AGACAGCCGCCAGCACAGACCUGAAACCGGCCCAGCUCCAGCGGCCCCACCCCACGAGUAUCGGGGGGCUCAGCUGCGCCAGGGCCAUGAGCCCGUCUCGUCUCCCUGUUACGGCUCCCCCGUCCUGAGCCCUGCGUGCGACUCACGACGCUUCCCGGGGGACCCACCGCUCCCCGGGGACAAAGCACCCGCAGGCUCACAAGCUGCUGCCUCGGUUCUCAGCGCGUCCAGCCGUCCGCUUUCCCGCACUGCUCCGAUUUUUCCACCUCCUCUGCACAGAAGCGGGGGGCUCGCCGACCCAGCAGCCAUUCCCAGCCUUGGGCCAGGUCUAUGCUUCCACCGGCGUAGCGACGGCCUCACGGCUCCCUGGGGAACCCCCCAGUGAUGCCUACAGUGAUAUGGGGGGGGGUCCCCACACAAAAACACUACCGAGUGACCUAGCACGGUCACUACUACAGCGGUGAUGGGGCUUCUCCUGUGGCUGUGGCUAACCCAGCUCCCCAAGAGGGGGGCCAAUGGAAGAAUUCGUCUGUCGCCCAAGCACUGUCUACACUGGGGGGGGGGAGGGUGAGGUCGGUUUCCCUCAGUCUCGGGGGGGUGGGAGGGGCUGCUGUACGCUUCCAGGGGAGACCAGCCAGCUAGGUCAGUGGCUGCCUUCUUGGCAUGGCCCCAUCGCUCAGGCGGGUGGGUUUUUCACACCACCCUCCCUGGCUGGGGGGCAAACCCCCUCCCCCAGCCGGGUGGAUCUGAUUGGAACCAGGCAUCGCAGGGGCCCGGCUUACGUGUGAAAGGCCUGGGUUUAGCUCCAGCCCAACUUCCCCCUUGGGUUUUCAGUAUGAAGAGCCUCUCAAAAGCCACCAGCUUCUGACUGAAGCGAGACCAAGUGCUGAGACUGCUCCAGAUUCCUUCCUAGCCUGCACCUCGGCCCCUUCCCAGGGCGCCUCCCAGCUGCAAGAUGGCGGGUUACCUGUGUCUCUCUGCGCUCCUCCUGGUGGCUCUGCCGACCCCCUACGCCAGCCCGCUCUCCGCCGGCUCCUCCCUGCGCUUCAUCGCCCUGGGGGACUGGGGCGGGGUGUCCAAUCCCCCCUUUCACACGGUGCGCGAGGUGGCCACAGCCAAGGAGAUGGGCCGUACGGUGGCAGCGCUGGGCGCGGACUUCAUCUUGUCCCUCGGCGACAACUUCUACUACAAUGGGGUGCGGGACGUCAACGACAAGAGGUUCCAGGACACCUUUGAGGCUGUGUUCAAGGCGCAGUCGCUGCGCAAGGUGCCGUGGUAUGUGGUGGCCGGGAACCACGACCACUCAGGGAACGUCUCGGCUCAGAUCGCCUACACCAAGGUCUCCAAGCGCUGGAACUUCCCCAACUAUUACUACAGCCUGAAGUUCAAGGUCCCCAAGAGCAACGCCACGGUGGCUCUCCUCAUGAUCGACACUGUCACCCUGUGUGGGAACUCGGACGACUUCCAGGCCCAGCAGCCCCAGCAGCCCCAGGACGUGGGGCUGGCCCGCAGCCAGCUGGCCUGGCUCCGCAAGCAGAUGGCUGCCUCCCAAGACGACUACCUGCUGGUGGCUGGCCACUACCCGGUGUGGUCGGUGGCCGAGCACGGGCCCACCCACUGCCUGGUGAAGCACCUGCAGCCGCUGCUGCUCAAGUACAAGGCCACUGCCUACCUGUGCGGCCACGAUCACAACCUGCAGUACCUGCAGGACAAGGCUGGCGUGGGCUACGUGCUGAGCGGGGCCGGCAACUUCAUGGAGAACUCACGGAAGCACUACCACAAGGUGCCCGAGGGCUACCUGCGCUUCUUCUACGCCGAGCCGGCGUCCCUGGGCGGCUUCGCCUACGUGGAGAUCGACAGCAAGGAGAUGAGUGUCACCUACAUUGAGGCCAGCGGCAAGUCCCUCUACAAGACCUCCCUCCCCCGGAGGAGCCGCCUCUGAGACCCCUCCCCACGCCCCCAUCUAGGAGGGUGCAGGAAGUAGGGGUUCAGAGCUCACUCCUCUUUCGUUUGGCUCUAAGGGAAACGCUACGAGAGGCAUUGAACCUGUCUGAUUUUUAAGGCUCCUGCAUCCAAUCUCUGGGGGAAUCCUCCCCUUGCCCCCUGUAGCCCCCAACAUGCCCCCCAGGGCUUUGCAAACACCUCCUCCCCUGGAGAAGCACCCCCCCAUUUAUUGCUUGAUCCCCUCUUCCCUCCUCAAUAGAUCAUUCCAGCCCCCUUUGACUCCCCCAAACCAAUGGUGGCUUUGGGGCCCUCCCCAUAGGUUUCUGUGUCCAGGACCCUUUGCAGAUGGGCCAGGGGAAUCAGAGUCUGUGUUCCCUUUCCCAUCCACACCACCCACGUCCCUGGGGAGACGUCCCCGUUUCUUUGCCUGCUGUACACGCGCCUCCCCGCCCUGCUGCUUGGAGCUCGGAGGGCACAGGUCAUGGGUUUCCACUGAGAUAUCACUGGGUUGGUUGGGGCCCGUCUCCUGCCAUCUCCUCUCUCUAUCCCACUUCUAGGGGCAGCACAUGGCUGCUGUGGGAGAAGGGUGGGAAUACGCAAACCUUUCCCUGGGCCGUGGCAGGCCAGAGAUCCGGGUUUGACUCCUGGCUGGGCCAGAGUCCCCUGAGUGACCGUGUCUUCCUCUCUUUAGGCACCAGCUCCCCUCCUGUAAAACGGGGCCAAUGGCUCUUUCACGCUCCCCUCUUUGCCUUCUGAGGCCGUAAAUUCCUUGGGGAUGGCCUCUGAACAGCUCCUCCUCUGCUGCUAAUGCAUAAAUGACCCAACAACCAAUGCUCUCAGGAGAGCUAUUCCCUCAUCCCGCCACCUGGAGGCGCUGUGACCUUCCUUCCUCUUCUCAGGUACAAAAUCCUCAUAGCCACAUGCUAGGGGGCUGGGAAGCUGAGUUUUGUUUUUGCUGACCAGUAAACUGUAUUGUGCCAGAGGAGGACGCAGUACUGCCCAAAUCUGACCUUGGGCUGGUGUUUGUGUUUUCUGAGAUGACUGUUUUUCGCCCUCAUAUACUGACCGGUCCCGUGUGCUUCCUCCCAGUCUAAGUGUAAAAAGGGGCGGGCGUGCGGGCGUGUGAGCCCCAUGUGCCUGUCAAAGACUUUUAAGUUCUGGAGAAACUUCUUCUUCACCCUCUGCAGCAUUGCACCUGUGAUCUGUUGCUCCCUGAAGCUGCUGCAAAGGGAACAGACUCUUCUAAGUGUCUUUCUUGUGACUAUUUUCAAUAAAUUAUAUUUUAAAAAGUC